UCGUCUCGCGUUCCAGAAGUUUGUCCCGUGCGCCGAGCCGUCCGCGCCUUCGCCGCUGCCAUGGCGGCAGCUCCGCCGCUCUCCAAGGCCGAGUAUCUGAAACGUUACCUGUCCGGGGCAGAUGCUGGCGUCGACGGAGCCUCCGAGUCCGGUCGCAAACGGCGGAAAAAGCGUCCGAAACCUGGCGGGUCCGGCAGCAAGGGAAUGCGAAUUGUUGAUGACGACGUGAGCUGGACGGCUAUUUCUACCUCUGAGCCAGACAAGGAGGAGGAGGAUGAGGAUGGCGAUUUGCCUGUGGUGGCUGAGUUUGUGGAUGAGCGUCCAGAGGAGGUAAAGCAGAUGGAGGCCUUUCGUUCCAGCGCUAAAUGGAAGCUUCUGGGAGGCCACAAUGAAGACCUACUCUCACAUGGACAUUUCCAUCACGACACCCCAGAUCCGUCUCCUCCUAGGAGGGUCCGUCACGACACCCCAAGUCCAUCUCCUCCUAGGAGGGUCCGUCACGACACCCCAAGUCCAUCUCCUCCUAGGAGGGUCCGUCACGACACCCCAGAUCCGUCUCCUCCUAGGAGGGUCCGUCAUGACACCCCAGAUCCGUCUCCUCCUAGGAGGGUCCGCCAUGACACCCCGGAUCCGUCUCCUCCUAGGAGGGUCCGUCAUGACACCCCAAGUCCAUCUCCUCCUAGGAGGGUCCGUCAUGACACCCCAAGUCCAUCUCCUCCUAGGAGGGUCCGUCACGACACCCCAGAUCCGUCUCCUCCUAGGAGGGUCCGCCAUGACACCCCAGAUCCGUCUCCUCCUAGGAGGGUCCGCCACGACACCCCGGAUCAGUCUCCUCCUAGGAGGGUCCGUCACGACACCCCGGAUUCAUCUCCUCCUAGGAGGGUCCGUCACGACACCCCAAGUCCAUCUCCUCCUAGGAGAGUCCGCCAUGACUCCUCAGAUGCUUUGCUCCCCAGGAAGCCCCAUCGUAAUUCUUCAGGUGUAUCUCCUAGGAGAAGCCAUCAUGGUUCCUCAGGUAUCCCUUCCCCCAGAAGGGCCCACAAUUCCCAUGAUGCAUCUCAACCUCGGAGGACUCUUGACUCCUCAGAUACACGGCAUCUCAAGAGGACCCGCCACGACUCUCCUGAUUUGGCAUCUAAAGUCACUCAUUCACUGCCCAGAACCCAAAGUAGUAAGGCUUCAAAAAGCACCUCUAGCAGGACUUCUCCACACCGGAAGGAGCUAGAACCCUCUGAGUCCUCUCACUCCAAGAGCAGAAAAUAUGAAUAUGACCGGGACCUUUCUCCUCCUCGAAAGAAGCAAGCAAAAUCCCAUUUUGGAGAUAAGAAGCAGAUUGAUUCUAAAGGUGACUUUCAGAAAGAUUCAGAUCUUUCUCCUCCACGGCACAAACAAAAGCCAGCCCAUCAGGAUUCUGAUUCAGAUUUGUCACCUCCACGGAACAGACCAAGACACCAAAACUCUGAUUCUGAUCUCUCGCCACCAAGGAGGAAACAGAAGACCAAAUCUUCGGAUUCUGAUCUGUCUCCACCUCGAAGGAGUCAGCCUACUGCAAAGAAGCAGGCUACCCAUAUGUAUUCUGGGGCCAAAGCUGGGUUGGUGUUAACUGGCAUUCAGCAAGAGCAGCAAGAACUCCAGAAACGGGACCAAAGAACCAUAGCAUUUGAAGCUGAAUUUCAGUUUGCUGAACCUGUGUUUCGAGACAAGUUUGGUCGUAAGACUAACAUGAAACUGGAGCGUUUAGAGCAAAGGAGAAAAGCAGAAAAAGACUCAGAACGAGAUGAACUGUAUGCCCAGUGGGGAAAAGGUCUUGCCCAGAGCCGCCAACAGCAACAAAAUGUGGAGGAUGCAAUAAAGGAGAUGCAAAAACCUCUGGCCCGCUAUAUUGAUGAUGAAGAUCUGGAUCGGAUGCUACGAGAACAGGAAAGAGAGGGGGACCCUAUGGCCAACUUCAUCAAGAAGAAUAAAGCCAAGGAGAAUAAGAAUAAAAAAGAAAAGCCUCGCUACAGUGGCCCAGCACCUCCUCCCAACAGAUUCAAUAUCUGGCCUGGAUAUCGCUGGGAUGGCGUGGACAGAUCCAAUGGGUUUGAACAGAAGCGCUUUGCCAGGCUUGCCAGCAAGAAGGCAGUGGAGGAACUUGCCUACAAGUGGAGUGUUGAGGACAUGUAAUUCUCUGAGCCUGUGUGGGUGUUAUGGGUUGUGGUAGCAUGGGACAGCCAGACAUCCAGCCCCGGCUGCCAGUUUGACACAGAAGAAUGUUAGAGACCUGACCUUUUGGUGCACCAGCACUGUCUCUGGGUAACUUUCAUAGGAAUAAGUGAUUUCUACAUACCAGGGUUUGUUCUUGGCUAGGCUCUUUCUUUUCCACUUUAAAAUAAACAUAUUUAUUUUUUUAAAAGCA